UACAGAUGUAGGAAAUAAAAUUUGUAAAUAUUUAAUAAAAUAACAUUUAGUUAUUUAUAAUGGCUACCAACCAUCAAAACCUUCCAAUUUCGAGUAUUCUUAAAUCAAAAAGUGAAGUCGAUGAUGAACCAAAGAAAAAAUCAAGAGAAGAUUGGCGUAAAGCUAAGGAACUUGAAGAAGCCCGAAAAGCUGGUACAGCUCCGGCUGCAGUCGACGAAGAAGGAAAAGAUAUCAACCCCCAUAUUCCACAGUACAUUUCUAAUGCACCUUGGUAUUAUGGUACAUCUGGACCUACUCUUAAACAUCAAAGACCCCAAGAAGAGAAACAGAAGGAGUACUCAAGCAUCGACGAAUGGUACAAGCGUGGAGUUGACACUUCAAAAAUAGUUACUAAAUAUCGCAAAGGUGCAUGUGAAAAUUGUGGAGCUAUGACUCAUAAAAAAAAAGAUUGUAUGGAAAGACCUCGCAAAGUUGGAGCCAAAUUUUCCGGAGCAAAUAUUGCACCAGAUGAAUUCGCCCAGAAAAAUUUAGCAUUGAGCUUUGAUGGAAAAAGAGAUAGAUGGAGUGGGUACGACCCAUCUGAGCACAAAGCAGUAAUAGAAGAGUUCCAGAAAGUUGAGGAAGCUAAAAGGCAACUGAAGGCUGACAAGUUAAAUGCUAACGAAUCUUCUGACGAUGAAGAAAAAGAUGAGGACAAAUAUGUAGAUGAAGUAGAUAUGCCUGGUACUAAAGUAGACAGCAAACAGAGAAUUACUGUAAGAAACUUGAGGAUAAGAGAAGACACUGCCAAAUAUUUGAGAAAUCUUGAUUUAGGUUCUGCUUAUUAUGAUCCCAAGACGAGAUCAAUGAGGGAAAACCCUAAUCCUGAAAAAGAUGCUACGUACAGUGGAGAGAAUUUCGUUCGUUUUACUGGUGAUACGACCAAUCAUGCUAAGGCUCAGUUGUUUGCUUGGGAAGCAUAUGAAAAGGGUGUGGAUGUUCAUCUUUUAGCUGAACCAACAAAAUUAGAACUGCUCAAAAAAGAAUAUGAGAAAAAGAAAGAAGAGGUUAAAUCGACAAUUCAAAGCAGUGUGCUAGAUAAGUAUGGAGGACAGGAACAUUUAGAGGCACCACCUAAAAGCUUGCUGUUGGCUCAAUCAGAAGUUUAUGUGGAAUAUUCAAGAUCUGGUAAAGUCAUUACUGGGGCGGAAAAAGAAGUCAUUAGAUCCAAAUAUGAAGAAGAUGUGUACAUAAAUAACCACACAUCAGUGUGGGGAUCGUAUUGGAGAGGAGGACAAUGGGGAUACAGAUGUUGUCACUCCUUCAUAAAGAAUUCCUAUUGCCUAGGCGAGGCAGGAAAAACGGUUAACGCUCCUUUAACCCAAGAGGUUCCAACGGAUCAAGACGUUGGUGAAGCAAGCAGUACAAAGGAAGCCGGGAUAUCAGACGGUGAAAGCGAAGAUAGUAGUUCCAGUAAUUCAUCAGAAGGUGAGAAACUGAAAAAGAAGCAGAGAAGAUUAAAGAAAAAGGAAAAGAAGGCAAAGAAAAAGGAGAAGAAGGCUAAAGAAAAGUUGAAGAAAAAACAGGAAAAAGAAAUGGCCCCAGAAGUAGAUGAGCAAAUAAUGUUGGACGAUAGGAAAAGGCCGUACAACAGUAUGUUUGACGUUAAGAAACCCACAGAGGAAGAAAUGGAGGAAUAUUAUAAAAGGAGAAAGAGGGAUGAAGAUCCUAUGAACAACUUUAUGUAAAUAAGUAGUGUCUAUGUAAAAACUAAUUUUUAUUAAAUGUAAAACAAUAUAAUAG